UGCAGCCAUAAAUAAAGGUCGAUACGACUUUCGCUUUCUUAAAAAUUUACUUCCUUUCAUUUUAGGCUUUGUGUCUAACACUAACAUUUUAAAAAUAAUGAUCAGUAAUUACACAGUGACACGAGCAAAAUAUUAAAUUUACUGUCCUUACCAAUUGAUUAUUAUUAAUGGAGUUAUAAAAAAAAGGAAGGUAGUAAUAAUAUCAUACCACGAAUAUAUAGACUUUCACCAGAGUCAGAGUAUCAGUCAUUCAGUGUUUAUUAUAAAUAAACUUUAUAAUUUCUGAAAUGUUUUUCUUACGUCAAAUUCAAAUACCUCAUCACAGGUUAAAAUUAUUAGAAAUUCAAAUUAAAAAACGUUCGCGUGUGUUGUUCCACAAGCGCUACGCUGACAGUGCUUCACAGCGAACGCUUAAACACAAUUUCGGAGAAAAAUUAGAGGUUCUUGGUAAAACAUACCAAACAGAUCAUUUCACAAACAUUACAGCCUCCAUUCUCUGCAAGGUUGGAAAGAAUCUUCACAAUAUUCCAAAUCAUCCCCUUCAACUUCUAUAUCAAAGGAUGGAGUCAUAUUUUUAUAAGACUUUUCUGAAAAGAGGAAACCCAAUUUUCUCCUCAUACAACAGACUUAGUCCAGUGGUCACAACUGAACAAAAUUUUGACAGUUUGCUUGUUCCACACGACCAUAUAAGCAGGUCUCCAUUUGAUUCAUAUUACUUAAACUCAAAUUAUAUGCUGCGCGCACACACAUCUGCUCACCAACGUGACUUGGUCCAGUCAGGGCUUGAUGCAUUCAUUGUGGUGGGGGAUGUGUACAGGCGUGAUGCUGUGGAUGCCACUCAUUAUCCAGUUUUUCAUCAGGUUGAAGGAGUACGAUUAUUCUCCGACUUUGAGGUGAGCUCUUAAAUACCAAGCAAAAUUACAUAAUAGAAAAAGAUAGGUUUGAUUCUUAUUACCUAUUUCUCUUGAAAAUGUGAAAUGUAUUGCAAGGUUUGUGCUAGAAUCUGAGAGAAGCGCAUUCCUGUCAAAUGCAAGUAAAAAGAGUAUAAUAUAAAUUUUAAUUUGGUUAUUAGUCGCGAUUUUUCUUUAGUCACUUUGUUAUAUAGUAAACAUAAUAACUUGUUGAAAAUAAAUACUAUUUUCAGCUUUUCAGUCAAGUUUCAGACCCCACAAGUGUUAAAUUGUUUGAAAAUGGAGUGAAAGAUGAAUGGAAACAAGAAAAACAUACGCUGGAAACCUCAACGCUAAUAGGACAUAAUCUUAAAACUACCCUAGAGGGGCUCAUGAGAGCCUUGUUUGGUGAAGGUAUUCAGAAAAAAAAUACUUUAAACAUUGUAAUAAAAUUAAAAAUAUAAAGAUCAGUAGCACCUAUUUAGGGAGCAAGGAAUAAUUGCCAUGUUUUUAAUGAAUCAUAUGAAAAUGUUUGUAAAGUCUUUUUAAAAUUUUUAAAUUUAUAUUCUUUCUAAUCAUAGAUAUUAUUUCAUAAAUCCAUAUAAAAUAAGAACUGGCCAAGUAACAUCCAGGAACAGUUGGCUUUGCAUGUGCUAAAAUAGUCAAAGACAAUGAUGUAGGCCAUCAUAUAUUUUGUAGAAUAGAUUCUUUACUAAAUUAUAAAAUAUCCUUUUUCCUAUUUAUCAUUAUUUUUUCUGGCUUAACAUAAAAAAAUAGUCAUAUAUAAUUCCUCUCUUUCAAAAACAUGCAAAAUAUUAUUUUCUUGUUGCUCCUCAUGUUAUCUAUAUAAAUCAUUAGUGGAAAUCAGCAACUCUCAAAGAAAUUCUUUGCAGUUCUAGAUUUUAAAUUAUUCUCUGUGUCCAUUAAAUUUUAUUUCUUAUUUAUAACAAAAUUAAGUUCUCAUGAUUAAUUUUUCCAGAUCUCAAAAUGCAAUGGGUAAAUGCUUACUUCCCUUUUACCCAUCCAUCAUGGGAGCUGGAGAUAUUUCAUCAGGGAGAAUGGAUAGAAAUGUUAGGAUGUGGAGUUAUGCAGCAGAAGCUUCUUGAUUCAGGUAAAGUCUCAUUUUACUAUCAACAUACAGACAAAAUAUGUUCAGUUAAGAUUUGAUUAAAAAAAUAUGGUUUGUAUUCAUUGAGGAAACCAUACAUAAUAAAUAUAAAAUAAUGCCAUUUUGAGAUUCCACAGUUAUUGAAACAAUUUUAUUGUAAAAACACAAAUCAUAAUAUACUUUUCCCCAACUGUUUGUAUAAUUGGAGGCAGCUUAAAUUGUACCAAAAUGCUCAGAUGUGGAUCUGGCCCAAAAAAAUAUCAACUGUGUUCUGCAAUGAGAUAUUAUUUUACUUGCAGCCGGGGCCUCGUCUAAAGCCGGCUGGGCAUUUGGUCUAGGACUGGAGAGGUUGGCUAUGAAGUUGUAUUCUAUUCCUGACAUUCGUCUCUUUUGGAGCACCGACUCUGGAUUUCUAAAUCAGUUUCAGCACAAACAUUUCAAUGAAAAUAUUACUUACAAGGUAUGCGCAGGCUUAUCAUUAACUGUACAAAAAUAUCUAUUCACAUAUUAUCAAUGUAAAUGGAAAAAGAGUGCAUUUUACUUUAAAUUUUAAAAGUUAUGAAAACAAGGUAUUAAAUUUUAUACAGGCUGUGAGCAAGUAUCCACAGUGUGCCAAUGACAUUUCUUUCUGGAUACCGGACAGUUUUACAUCCAAUGAUUUUUAUGACAUUGUGAGGUCAGUUGGUGGGGACCUUGUGGAGCAGGUAUGUGCUAUAAAAUGCUAAUGUAACUCUCUAAAUGCAUAAGUCAUCUUUUUUCAAACAUGCGUCCAGUAAAAAUGUUUUAAAAAUUUCAUGAGUAGAAAGUACUUUUUCCAUCACAUGAUCUAGCGCAACGCUUAAAAGUUCGUAUAAAAGUUAUUAGAUUUUUAGUAUAUCCUGUAAAAUUUGAAAACCUGACACAUAUAAAUAAUUACAACAUUAUUAAAUUUGUUUAUUUUCUGAGUUUAAAGAUUUUAGCGUGAGGGAUUAAAAAGAAGAUGGGAUAAAAUCUAUUUGAACUGUUGCUUCUUUAAAACCAUUACAAAUCUGCUAUUCACCUGUAAUUCUCAGAUCAGCAUUAAUGGUUGGCCUGAGAGCUAUUUAUAUUCUAUUACCAUCAGUUUUAGCUAUUUAUAUUCUAUUGCCAUCAGUUCAAGUCCCUUCUUGUUUUGACAUGUUAACCAUGACCACAUAAAACUCAUGCACUACACAGGUUAAACUGAUUGAUGAAUUCAAGCACCCAAAGACAGGACGAAGUAGCCAUUGUUACAGAAUUGUCUAUCGCCACAUGGAGAAAACCUUGACACAAGAAGAAGCCAACGAAGUGCAUCAACUUAUUGAAGCAGCGGCAGCCAGUCAACUGGGUGUUGAAAUUAGAUAAGUGGUCCAAUUGUAACAGGGCAAUAGUGACAACCCCAUCAUGCCAACCCUAUAGUACCAUCUCACAAUAUGACAUUCUGAACUUCCUUAAAUAAACAUAGUAAUCUUAACCAGUAGGCCUCAUGAUAAACUUGUCAUUGUUCUGUGAUCUUACAAAUUAAGUAAAUUUAAAUUCUAGAUGUGAAAUGAUCUUAGAUCUAAGAGGUAUGAAUCAUGUGAUAAAUAUUGUACAGACUGUGUACAUGUAUGUAAGAGCAUAUGAGAACAGAGUUUAUUGCUUAAAAAUAUAGAUUUAAUUUAUGUUAUUGAAUUACUGUUAUCCUUAUGUACGAGCAUUUGUGCCAGUGUUUGUACCAGUAUUUGAUUUUUCAAUAAAUAUUUAAUAACUUUCUUAUAUUGCAGUUUUUUAAUUAUUUUUUUUUGUAAUUAGUUUAAAUUGAUUCUAUCACAUGUUUACAGAACAUGAAAUGGUUUCAUUGGCUGGUUUGUUACUAAGCAUGCUAUAGUUUCAUUCGGAUUCAGUCUUUACAUGCUAUGGGGGACAAGCCCUUUUUUUCAAAAAGUUCUAUGCCUUUCGGCUACCUUCAACCUGGAAUCGUUGUCUGGGUUGUGGUCGCUGUGCAUGUUACAGCUUCUUGGAACCACAGGUGAGAGCUGAGUGCAUAGACUUCCGGCUGUUUCCUAAAAAGAUGGUUUCUUCCUAUUCAGCCUAACACCAGAUUUAUAUUGUGCGGAAGAACUACUACUUGGUCAACGGACGAAAGGCGGGGAUAGCAAAGUGAUGUGAAUCACUGAGAGCAUGGCCAGACACGUAGAACGCCAUGGUCAUUCACUGCAUGGGUGACUGGGUGGCCGAAUGGUCUAAUCUGAGCAAACCUCAAGAUGGUGGUCUGGAGUUCCAUACCAGCCAAAGGCCAGUCAAGCAAAAACAUCACCCCGGGUUGAUGAGACUCGUUAGCCUUGGUCGGCAACUCAUCUAAGAGAAGGAAACUCUGAAUUCAAACCCGGGGUUGGAGUUCCGUAAGGCACAUACAAUGACAAUUCCUGCAACCGUACCCAUCCCUGGUCAUCUUGACGUAGAGUCUUGCCACUGGACAUGGUGGGCCCGGACGAGAGAGUGAGGUUGACGCCGCACAACUCUUCCUCACUUUAAACAAAAGUCACCCGCGCAAGUCAUCAGUCACCGGACAACUCGAUGGUCAUCGUCAAUCCUCGACGGACGAACAACAACAUAUAGUUUCAUUGGGUGCUUCGUUACAGAACAUGCUAUGAUUUCAGUGGUUGCUUUGUUUCAGUUUUUUUAAUUCAUCAUUUAUUUGUGAUCCAGCACUCAGCCUGAUUUUUUUUAAAUUUAAAAAUGUUAAAUUGGAUGAAUUGUUUGAGAAUCAGUCCCUAUCUAUAACAGUGUGAGAAUACAUUGAUUGACCUUGGGCAGGGAGAUUUUGGACUUAAACCUUAUCAUCAGUUGAAC